AUUUGUGACUCUGUUAGAUAGUGUGUACAGUGAAUGGAUAGCGUUUCACUCUGGUUAUACCUUCAUCAUUUCUCUACUUAAUUAGAAUGGAAAGUUUCAGGAUAUCUUUCAUCAACCUUUUCUGGUUGUAUCUGAGGUUUUCUGAGGAUCACGGUGGACGCUGCUCUGACACUGUUUGGCAGCUACCGGAGCCAACCAUCAGUCAUCUGGACGCUGUGAGUGACAAGCAGAGCCUCGUGGUGAGCUGGCUGCUAAACCACAGUAGCUCUGCGGGUGGCAUCAAUGAGAUCCAGAUUAGCCGCACUGAAGACCAUGUCAUUAUUUACAAUAAAAAUGUCAGUGCGCGGUCUGUCGGUUCACAUGGAUACCAAUGGACCUGGACCUCAGAUCUGCCUCUGGAGUGCGUGGAUCACUUUGUCAGGGUGCGACAUUUCGACAACCGGUCUGUUCCAAGUCCCUGGAGCAAAUGGAAAGCUAACAGUGGUGCAAAGGCAAAGAAGAUCACAAUGUUUCCAUUGGACCGGAUGCUAAAAGACGGCAGCAACGCCACAUUCUGCUGUGUUCCCCCGGCAGGAGUCAACAUCACCAGAAUUACCCUCAGUGACCAGGAAUACCCUCUGAUCAGCAUCGGAGCCCGAGUUAAGGCCAUCGCUGUAGAGAACCUGCGUUUCCCAACAAAUACAUUUAAAUUCCUAAAACUCAAUUGCAGUGCUUCAACAGGCAUUAGCAGGGCCGUCGUGAACUUUGUCAGCUUUCCUCCGCAGAAGCCCAGAAACCUCAGCUGUGCGACCUCAUCUAUGACAACUGUUACCUGCACCUGGGAUCCAGGCAGGAAACAACACCCACAUGACCGCAACAAGCGAACAUACACCCUUCAUGUAGAGAAUACAGACCUGGCUCCCAUCAAAUGCCAGACAUGGUCUUGUACUUUCCCGUCCAUACCACACCUGAACGAAUACAACGUCACUGUGGUAGUGAAGGACAAGCUGGGAGAGGAGGCAGAAAGCUACAGCUUCAAUAUCUCCGACCGAGUGUUUCCUGUUGCAGAGUGGGACAGUGUGAGCCCAGGAGUGACAGACGCCAACAUGUCAUGGAUCAUACAAGGGAACUUGACUCAACUCUUGUGUCAGCUCACUGUCAACACAAAGGCCACCACAGUGCUGAACUGCAGUGGCAUAAAUGGACCCUGCAAAGUCAAAGUGGAGCAUCUGCUCCCCAGCACUCACUACUCUACCAGGGUGCGCUGCUCUGCAAAUGGCAUGCUGUGGGGAAACUGGACGCAGCCAGAACCCUUUACGACGUAUCCAUUGGUGACCUUAAACUUAUGGAGGAAAAUAAAGCAGCUGUCUUACCCCUACACUCGUCAAGUUACUCUGUUGUGGAAAAUGGAUGCUUCUGGCUCAGCGACCACCGAGACUGCCAAAGCUUACACAGUUCAAUGGUGGCCCGAGGGCAAGAACAAGACUGUGUGGACAGAUGGUGGACAGACCCAGGCGGAGGUUUCCAUUGGCCCACAACAGUGUGACUUCACUGUUAAGGCUGUUCUCCACGCCGGCUCCUCCAUCCCUGCUCAUAUCACCAUCCCGAAGUUGGAUGACAGAGAGAACCUCCCAGAGGAGAAGCGCUUGAGCAGCGGCUCAGCCGCUGGUUUCAAUCUGUCCUGGUCCGAGUGGGACGAACCAACGUGUGGCUAUACGGUGGAGUGGUGCAUCCUGGGAGAUCCUGUGUCGCCUCUGCAAUGGAAACAUAUCCCAGAGGGAAACAACACAUUACUCCUCCCUGCUGGGCAUUUUAAACCAGGAUGUAGGUAUACCUUCAAUAUCUAUGGGUGCACAGAAAAUGGACACAGACUGCUGGAGAUACAGACUGGAUACUCACAAGAGCUUGGAGCAGUACCGUCCCCGAGUCUGGUUGAACCUGUUCAGACUACAUCCUCAUCUGUGACAUUAGAAUGGCGUUACAGUGAGGACGAUCCGUCUCAUGUGGCAUUCAUCACUGGUUACCUGGUUAGUGUAAAGGAAGUGGGACCUAAUAUGCUGCCAUGUCAUUCCACAGCGAUGGAUGUCUUCAACGUAUCAGUGGCCGACCCUCGGAGGAAAUCUGUGACCGUAGAGGGUUUGAAGCAGAGCCAAGAAUACACUUUCUGUGUGAGUGCUCUCACUAAGAACGGGCCGGGACAACCAACCAGCAUCACCAUCACGACCAGAACCAACUACUCCGCUCAGCUGGUCAAGAUACUGACUUUUACCUUGUUUCUACUCAGCUGCAUCAUAUUACUGUGGUGUCAAAGAAAACUGUUGAAAAGAAGACUGACAGAGGUUUUUGUUUAUCCUGCUGGUAUGAGCAUCAAAACGCCCGAGUUAAUCAGCUUCCUGCAGCAGACUGGAGAGAGGGUGCCCUCCCACAAGAUGGAGGAGUGCAUCACCUGUGACAUUGAGAUCCUAAAUUCUCACCGUCCUCUGCUCAAACCGUCCACACUGAGAGAUCCUGUUUUCAUGAGCACACAGUUCUCUGAUUCGUCUUUGUCGCCUCUGUGUGUUGUGCCAGUCAAAGAUUACUGCCCACACUCGGUCACACCGCCCUGUGAACGACCUGCCCUUCAGCAAAUAACUUGCAUGACAAACAGGAGUUACUUUUACCCCAUGGUGGACGAAUCCUCGCAGACACGGGGAGAAAUGACGUCCAGUGAAGUCAAACCGAGCUUCGAUCUUUCCGACGGUCAGCAGAGUUCAUGUACAGUUACAUAUGGUUAUGUCUCCAAUGAUACUCUGUAAGUACACAGUCCAUUUUAAGUCCAAAUACUAUACAGAGAUGCUUUUUUUGUUGUGGAUCAUUUGAAUGUGCAGCUAGUUUUUUAACCAAGUAGUCCAUAAUUCAUGCUAUCGGUUGCAUACGUGAGGACAUAAGAGGAAGUCAAUAAAGCUUUGUUUAAUUUUG